ACAUCAAAAAUAAAAUUAAGACAAAAUCAUAUAAAAUGACUACUAGCAAGAAAAUGUUGAUCGUAUUUGUCCUUACUAUCCUCUUUGUCAUAUCUUCUGUUCAUUGCUCUGAUAGCACUCUUGGUCUUGGUUUAGGAAUAAAGAAGAAACAAUGCUACAGUCCAGAUCUGUGUAAGGGAGGGGACGGCGAAUGUGAUAUAUGUUGUGUUCUUACAAGUGGUGUAUACUACGGUAAAUGUAUUCAAAGCAAAUGUCAUUGUUUGAUUAAGACUGAAUAAUCUAAUCGACUAUAUGUAUUCGAUAAUAAUAUUUCUGCUGAAGUU